GUAAUUAAGUUCCACCAACUAGAAUUAGAACCAGUCGUGUAAUGGCAGUUAAUAAAAACCAACAAACAAACAAACCUGCAUUUAGAAGAGCAACAAGUCCACCAUGGACAGAAGUGCUUGGAUUGGUUCAUUUGUCUGUUAGUUUGACCACUUUAUACGAUUUACAAUGAAAAUAUUUAUGUUGUAUUUUUUGCAUUUUGUCGCUGAUAAAACGAAAAGUUAUUUUAUUUCAGCUCACUGUUGAUGAACUUAAAUAUAUAUUACACUGAAAACCCUAAUAGUAUUAAAAUCAGCACAUCAUUUGAUCAGAAAAGAAAACCGUUUCAGUUCAUUUGUGCUCCUGUUAUGCCAUAAAAGUCAUUUUUAGUGCUUUUUUUUUUUUUUUUUUUAGCAAUAUGAGCCUUUGUGUAAGUUGAGAAAUAAAAUAAAAAUAAAACAAGAUAUUUUUGACAACACAAACAUGGCAGCAACAGACUACUAUUGUUUUUGUGUUUCUUCCUCUUCUCUCUCUCUCUCUCUCUCUCUCUCUCUCUCUGUCUCUUGUUCUGUGUGUGUGUGUGUGUGUGUGUGCAUGCGUGUGCGCAUGUGCGCGUGUGUUUCUGUGCUAUUCCCUGUCCCAAAUGUCAUAAUUUCUGUUGAUUCCAAUCUUGAACAGGUACCAUACGCAGAACUAGACCAUGUGCUACCAGACUGGAGGCCAAUCUAAAAAGCAUAGGUCUAGUUUUUUGGUGCCAAAUGAUUUGUAUUAGUUACAUUGUGCAGUGGUAAAAUGCCCUUUAUUACACUGUUUUGGGGCAUCCUUAAAUUUCUGGAUGUUCAUGGAAAAAUUUGGGAGAUGUGGAGGAUGAUGAUUAUGGUGUACAGGUUACAGGAAAUCGCCACUGUUUACUUUAAACCCAUGUGGGUGUAACACCAGAUUGUAGUGUUAGACCCAGACCCAACUGACCCAAUAAUAUUGAGAACGCACCACCAAAAUGAACAUUAAGUUGCCGUAAUUAAAACUCAUUCAUUCUUUAGUGCAUCCUCAGUAAACAGUCAGGGUUGUAUUGAAUCCAGAGCCUAACCUGGGAACACUGGCUACGAGGCAGGAAUACACCCUGGACCAUACAUCUUCAUGGUUAUUUGAAGUUGGUUGAUAAUUAGCAAAUGACCCAGUUUCGUAUCACCAAAUCUAGGGCACGUCAUAUCACUGAAAUCAGGAUGUUUGCCCAGUGGGAAGGGUUGUGAUGGCCUGAACUAGCUGUACUGUUCCCAAUUGCUUAAGACUGUUGUCCCACGGCUGCUGGUAUAGGACUCUUAUCAUUCACGUGGGCACUGUCUAUUUACACAGCAUGGAUCAACUCUCAGGAAGCGUCCUGACACAGGAAGGAGGUGUGUGCGUGCAUGAGGCAGACAGAGCUGGAGACUGAACACACCCAUGCAAUCAUUCCCUCAGAGUUGCCUAGUCAUUAUUGGUCACAGUAAUCAGUAAUUACUCUAGCCUCUGUAUUCUUGUUUGCGCUCAUGCAGAUGACGUUGUCAACACUUUAGCGCAUCGAGCAGACUGUAGCCAGCCACUCCCUCGCCUUGAGCUAUGAGUUUGUAAGUCUCCAGCUGUUUACUCACAAGACCAGAAGUCUGUCUAAUCGUAGUACCUUUGGUGCUGGAGGGAGCAAUAUGAACUAGCGAGCUCUGUAAUGGUUGGUGAUGGGUGCAGCAAGCAUCAAGUGGUGUGACUCUUGCCAGGUUUUAUUUGUCCACACAGACUCCAUCUGUUGCUCUUUCCGCUGCAUUAACCAUGCAUGACUAAAGAAAAAUACCUGGGUGGAGAGAGGGACAUACAUGCUGAGAGUGUGACAAGAAAGAGGGUCAGCUCAGGAUCUUGGAAAAUCUGUUGGAUGUCAGUGUGUCUGAAUUCUGGACGUUAGGAGAAAAAAAUCAGGUUGGCAUUUUUUUUUCCUGCCUUUAAUAAACGUUGAUGCCUCGAUUUUAAGAAAGCAUAAAUAUAUUUCACCACAAUGAUGUGGUUUUGAAAGAAGCCAGUAUAAUAAAUGCAGUUAAUGUGACUAAAGAUCUCUAAAGCCUCACUAGCUGAGAGAAUUCCUCACACAAUGAAUGUCAAGCAUUGAUCAUGAUGUUGGAUGGCUAUGUGCCAUAAACAGAUGUAAGUCUAAUCAUUUCAGACACUAACUGUCAAAAUGUCCAUGAUGCACCUGCACCACAGUCGGAUUGGAUUUUCUAAACCCAAUUUUAAAAAUGCUUUAACUUUAUGUGUGAUUGAGAUAAAUGCAACAGAGAGGCAUAUUUCAGUUCAGGAAAGCCAAUUCUGGAGAUGUGCCAAUCGACAUAUGAAUCUGGAAUGAUUGACGGGUGUUUUGAACGCUCCCAUAUUACCGGACUCUCCAUAAGCCCCGCCCCCUUUCCUCAAUCUCACAUUAGUAACUCCUUAACUCGAUUGUUCUGCUUGAAAGCAAUGCUGAUAUCCUCACUUUCUAUCAAGGUAAACAUGUAUGAUUCAUCUGGCAUAAUGCUUUAGAAAAAACAUUGCAACUUCCUUAGAGCUGUCCAAUCAACAAUAGAAUAAUACUUUAUUUAAAAAGAUUUCUGAUUGUUUGCUAUGAAAACAACAUUUCACUUCCCACUGAUGAAUAGAUGAAUAGUGUAGUGCUUAUUGUUGCCAAGGGCACUCCUCAGUGACUGUCCCAUAAGAACAGGAGAACAUUUGGCACUGCGUAAGACAACAGGCUCGACUCAGAUUACCAACAUUCUGCUUCAUACAUCGUAAAAAACUGGCCAGGGCUCAUGCCAUCGUCUCCUCAUCUUCCAGUUUGUUUGUGGUGUGUUGUUAUAGUCUGACCAAAGUCGCACUUUUAUGGGGAGUAUAAUAUUGAUUGUGUACCUUGAAGGAAAGGCAUGCAGUAGUUGUGUAAGGUAGCUUACAUGCUAAACACUAAAGCUUUUUUGCUUCUGCCUCGUCUCAGGUGGAUAUGAGCUCGUAAUCCCUCUCGGUUUCUAUCUGAUACUCCGGUGGGAGACACUGAGCGCAAAUUCUCGAGAAAGCACCACUCCUCUCACACAUGCUGGGGAAUGAUGAUGUAUCAGCCAUGUCUGUUCACAGCCUGGUGAUGACUUUAAGCUAUAAUUAAGAUCUAGUGUCUAUGAAUAGCAUGGCAGCAGACAGCAAGACAGCAAGUUAAUGGCUCUUGGAAUGAGAUUUAUUUUGGAUGUUUGUAUGUUUUGGAUGAAGGAGUUCAAAGGCAUGACCAAAAUAAGAGUCCGACAAGUAAAAUGUCUAGUUAUUCCUCUUUAGUUUUUUAUCAUUUGUAUGCAGACCUAGUUUCAUCAUGUUGAGCUGUCCAGUUCAAUAGAACAACACACAGCUGUCCUAACGUUUUUAUGUGAGUCAGUGACACACUGUUUGUCCUGUCUAUUCACACAGUUUUGUUAAAUGCCUGUUAUAUUAAGUGUACCCUAUCAUUAGAAGUCAUGCACGCGUGUGAAAUUUGUUAAGGCAGAGUCAGCGAGGUGUGAUACACAUGACUGUAUGGAAUAGAAAAGCGGUACUGUGGCAUUUUAAAAAGAGCAAACAUAAACCCAUGGAGCCUUGACCUUUAAGUAGAACAAUAUCUCAAGAGUUCAGAUUUUAACUGCCAAAUUCCAAGCCCUAAUACCUUUCAAAAAUCAAAGGAGUGUUUGAUAAUUUCCUAACUGAGAGUGCGUAUGAACAAGAAGUAUUGAAAAGGAAUUGUAUUAACAGUGCAUACCUUUAGUACAUGUUAUAAAGCAUGUGAUUGGGAUGCAGGGUUGGACUCCACAGAUAGCUGUGGCAUCCUCAAGAUUUGAACCCGUGAUCUCCGGACGACAGGGCAAACCUUUUCAGUUGGCACCACUUAUUGUCUAAGUGUGAUUAUUAAACAAACAGAGAUUGACUGACAGCCGGCUGAAAAUAACAAAAUGCACAUAUUAUCUAUUGGUAUUAUGCCUUUGCUCAUCUUCUACUAUUACCAAAAUUAAAGUAAAUUGUUUGGAAAUAACACAAAAAAUAUAGUAACCAUGAGUUACCAUGAAGCUAACUCAUUCUGGUAGUAAAAGUAAUUACGUUUACAUGGCAAUUAUUUUUUUUAGCCAAUGGAUUAUUAAAACCCUGUCCAGGGUGUACCCUGCCUUGUGCCCGAUGCUCCCUGGGAUAGGCUCCAGGUUCCUAGAAGAUGGAUGGAUAGAUGGAUGGAUUAUUAAAAGGAUUACCCACUUUGUUCAUUUGGAUAUUUUUUUGCAUGAGUGUUUUCUUUUUCGAUUGAGCUAUCAUUCUAAUUAUUAACAGAUUAUUAGGAUGUAUGUAAACAUUGCUAAUGUUACAAGGAAGACUGAUUCUCUAGAUCAGGGGUCGUCAACUGGUGGACAGUGGUCCGGAUCCGGAUGAGAGCUCAACAAAAAAAUUCGGGAUGGUUCCAAGCACAAAAUACACACUGUAGCAGAACCAAUAAACCUCUGAAAAAAACUGGCUAUAGUUCAGAGUCUCUUAUAGUUUUCUAAACCCGAACUGUCAUGCUUCUGUAGCAGAUGCUCUGUUUUGGCCAGUCAUAUGCAACUCACAGGAACAGCUGAAGGCAGCUCAUCAAGAAAGGAUAAUGUUUUCAUAUACUUUCAUAGAUUUGCCCUUUCUUGUCUUAUUAGUAACGUAAUGACAUGGCUUGUUGAAAAAAAGUUGCAAAACAAUGUUUAAAGACGAUAGGACAGAGAAGUAUGCACUUGUCCUCUGCUUCAUCUGCUCACAGUCCACAGUGCUAGUCAACAGUGUUAAUGUGAAGUCCACGUCUGAACCGAACCACAGCCACUUCAAAUUGAUGUCUUAAUUAUAGUCGUGAACUAACCACUAACGGUUAAGCAUUAAAAGUAACUGUUGUCACCAUUCAGUCAUGUUAGUUGCUUAUCCUGACCUUCCUGAAUUUUGUGUUUCACAAAUAUUAGCCGAAAAUGAGCGACUGAUUGGACACUAAUGCGUGAGUUGAUUUUUGUUGUGAUUCCUCUGGCUGAAGUUACCUGCAGAUUAUUUCACAACAAGAAUGAAAGCGCCCAGUGAACUGCAGGCCUCAUAAUGUCUGAAAUCAGUCAGCAUAAUCAUAUUCUGCACUGAAAGUAUGUUAUAAGUGGUGUUAUUUUAGGUCUGGCUAAGUCAUCUAGAGUGUAGCCCAACCAUUUAUUAUGCAGCAGCGUAGGAGUGCAAUUGCUUGGGUGACACUCAAAGUUCCUCGCUCGCUUCAUUUGUCUUUGGCAUGUGUUUCAGGUUCAAUGCAAUUGAUGAGGCCACAUACUGUACCAGUAGUGUAAUUAUAGCAGUUUGUGAUUCAUUGUGUAUAUGGGUGACACACCCUCAUUACCAUAGCUGUCUUCAUGGUGUUUUGCUUAAGAUUAAUGGGCCGAAAUUUCAAUAGUAGCCAUGAUUAAGUAAAAUCAGGGCUUUAGCUUUGUGUUUCAGAUUUCCUGAUUAACUGGGUGCCAUAAAGCCAUAGCAUUUUAAGUGGUACACACCCACACAGAAUUGGAACAAUAGACUGCUUUUAUUUAUACACAUAAAAUCCUUUGGGAAUUAAGUUUUGGGGUUAUGAAAUCACUGUUUCAGUUCGGUACAGAUUUGUAAUCAGGUUGAGAAGGCAUGGAUGAGUCUCGAGCUUCUAUGUAAGAAAUGUUAUAGAUAAAGAAAACGUCUGUUUAUAAGAGAGACACUGCUACAUAAUAUAGAUGUUUGUGUAUGGUGAUGAACUCCUGGUUAUAAGGUAGACUUUUGUCGCAUGUCAAUAUGUGUUGCAAGUUGCUGGAGAAGCACUAGAGAAGUGCUAGAGAAGCACUCUCAAUAAAGGUAAUAUUUGCCCAGGUCAUGUAGUGUGUUCAUGUCCUGGUCCCUUAUCUGUACCUAAAUAUUUCAGGCAAAGGUUAGAUAAUGAACUUUGUAAGUAUGCUGUAUAUGCAUAUACAAAAAGUGUUUUUCUGUGUGGCUUUUGUUUUAAGUAACUCUGUUGCCCCCAUGUGCUGCACCCUCUGAACUGCAGUGUACUAUGUAUAUUUGUGUGCGUGUGUGCGUGUGUGUGUGUGUGUGUGUGUGUGUGUGUGUGUAUUUAACCUAAGCUUUGUGCUUUCACUGAAUUACAUUUAUUACAUGUAUUAUCAUAACCUUAACUCACAAUAGUUUCAUGUUUUAAAAUAUGCAUGUUUAUAAUUAGAAGUUGUUUUGUAGCACUGCACUAUAAUGAUGUCACAAAUCUACUAAUUAGGGGUGAGCGAUAUGGCAAAAAUAUCAUAUAUCAUGAUGUAGUAAACGAUAUAUUGGUUUCUUAACAAACUGCCAGGAAAACAUUUAUCUAAAAAAAAAUAUAUUAAUGUUUUAAAUCCAUUUUAAAAAGUAGAUUUUAAAUUGUAAUUGUUAUUUUAAAAUAGAUGUAAACUAAAGUUAUAAAAUGAUACCACCAAAUCUCAAAAAGUGUGUCAUGAUAUUAUAAUUAUCAUAUCGCUCAGUCCUACUACUAACUGAUUUCUCUUUCAGGAUAUUAAACCUGGAUUUAACCCUCUUGUUCUAUUCAUUGUUAGAUACUCAGCUGAUCCAGACAGUCUUCUUUUUUUCUUAAAAAAAAAAAUAAAAAUUGAUACACAAAACCCAUUUACAAUAAUAAAGCCACUUAACCCUGCAAGGUGACCUCUAGCUGACCUUCAUGUCUGACCCUGUUGUCCUCACCCAGUCUCUUCCCUCCUUUUCCCUCCACCCAAACCUCUGAGGAGCCCUGAGAGAAUUGGUCUCCACUGUGCCUGAACUCUCUUUAGUAGGUGUGGUUUGAGGUGGAGGAAGAAGACAUGGAGGGGGAGAAGGGGGAAGAGCAGGACUCUAAAGGCAGUAUUGCAUUCUGUUUGCAGGCAGAACACGCUGGGACUCGUACGUACUACUUCAGCACUGACAGCUCAGAGGAUAGGGAGGAGUGGGUCCAAGCCAUGAGUGAGGCAGCCAAGGUCCACAUUUCACCCCCUAUUAGAAAAACCUCCGAGUCCGUCCCUACAGACGAGCAGAACCACGUUCCAGUGACACAAGCACCAGAGACCAACUCUUGUCCAGAAGAUGAGGACUCCAGGACUGAGCAACAUCAGCCUCAGAAACAAGGAGUAAAUGGGGUAGAAAGAAAACCAAUACCGGCUCCCACCACACCAGUGUCCACGGAUAUGGACAGCCGGUUUGCGGAAAGGGGAUGCCCACCUCCUCACCAUCCAAACGGAUGGGGCAACUAUGGCUCAGGCUUCCCUUCCCAGGAGAACAUAAGAGAGGUGCGUGAAGUGCAGUCCGAUCCCCAAGGGAACACGGUGUUGCGCAGGGGCUUUGUGCCCAGGACGGGACCUGAGAGGAUGGCACAGAGGAAGAGCUCCAUGACACAGCUACAGCAGUGGGUGAACCAGCGGCGCGGCCCGCCUCAGGAGGACCUGCGGAGUCCAUCACGGUAUUACACGAUGACCCGAGGCAUUUCAGCAGACUACUACGGCACGUAUGGUGCCCCUCCGUACCCUGACGAGUACCCACUGUACCCUCCAGGAAUUCGGCCUGACAGCAUCUGCUCCAUGUCAGCUGCCUACGACAGGAUGCCGCCCCGCUGGACUGCAGAAGAAAAGCGGCGUUCGCUGAGGGACACUGCUCUCUAUGGGCCUCCCCGUGAGCCCCAGUGGAUGAUGGGUCCUCCUGGACCACAUCCUGCCUAUUACACCCAGCUAGAGUCAACACAGGGGACCAUGAGGCGUCUCUCGCUGCAGCCACGCUCACGUUCUGUGCCACGCUCGCCCUCUUCGUCAUCGGGAGGUGCCUACUCACCUGGACCCCCAAACUUCAUCUCGCCAGCACGCUCGCCUAGUGUGCGGUUCGACAGAGUGCCCGGGCGGCUCCGAGACGAUGGAAUCUAUGUUGAUCCAUCAGUCUAUGGCAUGCGAAGGUCUCUCAGUUCCCCCAAGUAUGAUUUUGCUGGGGAUCGAAGGUCUCUCACACAAAAUGUUUACCAUUACAAUUAUCCAGCCUCUCCCUCUGUACAUGGCAAAAUGGAUGACAUUUUAGACCUGCAGCUUCAGAGGAACUUGGAUUACCUCGAUCAGCAGGUGCCUCCAGCGCAUGAUAUUUACAGGGACCUGCAUCCCACGCUGAAGCUCAAUGAAAUUGAGACCAGUAAACUGUUGAAUCGCUUGUUUGAGCAGAACAGGCUUCUGAAGGAACAGGAAGCUGUAGUACAUCGGCUGCGAAUGGACAAGGAUAACUUGGAGGCCACGCUGGUGGCCACACAUCAGGACAUGGAGUUGUGCAGGACUCAGCCACUGGCCAUGGAGAAACUGCAGCUGAAGAAGGAGAGCUUACAGAAUCAGCUCAUCAAUGUCCGGGGCGAGCUCUCUCAGGCUUCCAAUGCUCUGACCACCUCUAAAAUGGAGUUUGAUGCUCUGGAGGAUGAGGUAAAUGCUAUUCAUGGUGACCUGUGGGAGCAGCUGAAUUCUGGAGGACAGAGUGAGCUGGUCCACCGACACCUGCAGAAAGAGUUCUGGAGGGUUCAGGAUGUGCUCGAGGGGCUGCACAAGAACAAUCCCUCUCGAGGCACAGACACGGCUAAGCACAGAGCAGUCAGCGGAGCAUCAGGUUCCUUCAGCACAAACAGUCCAGCGAGCCCACUGAGCUCCGUGAGUCUAACCAGCCCAAUCAGCCCUUUCUCACCUGUACCCGGCUCCCAGAAUUCACCCACAAAACAGCUGGCAACAGAGCACAACUACAGUUCAUUAGAGGAAAAGACCAACGAUUACGACUUGGAGCAAGACAGACAAGGCAAUAAAGUUGGUAUUGUCCCACCCAGGACCAAAUCUCCCACAGAUGACACGGACGGUGCCCCUAAGAGGAAUGGGAGGAUGCCUAAUGGUCACAUCUCCAGGGAGAGGCCAAAGAGCGCUGUGUUCCCAGCAGAAGUAAAGUCUAAGAUGAGUGUAAAGGAGCAGAACGAGAGGAUACGUCGGAACCAGAGCAGUUCAGUCAAAGACAAGAGACGCAGCCUUAAUCUGUCCAACAACCAGAACUUGGAUGGCCUCAAACCUUCUGUCAACUACAGAGUGGUGAGGAGAAGACUGACUGCCCAUGAGGUGGACAUAAAGGGCCUGGAGGCGGCCGUACGAGGGAUAGGCACGGAGUCUCCAAGGGAAGAAAUUGCCCGACUACGGAGACAGGUGGAGCCUGAGAAUUAUGAUCUGGAUAUUGGCAAAGAGCUGUCUGCCCCAGACAAAGUGUUAAUUCCAGAGCGGUAUCUUGACAUAGAGCCCAGCACGCCGCUCAGCCCAGAGGAGGAGCGAGAGAAACAGAAGAAGGUGGAACGGAUAAAGACGCUUAUUGCCAAAUCAAACCUGCAGAAUGUUGUCCCGGUGUUGGACGGCCCUUCAGAAGCCCAGGCUAACCCUGAGCAGAAAUUGCAGGAACAGGAGAAACGCAUCGAGAUUUCUUGCGCUUUGGCUGCCGAGGCCUCCCGCCGCUCCCGCCUGCUCUCUGCCCAGAUAAUCCCGAGUCCCCCUGCCUCCCCGACCAACCUGGCCCCUCCCCCUUCCUCUGGCUUCUCUGACUCCUCCCACAUCAUGAAGGUGUGAGUGUGUGAAGCUCAAGCGCUGGCUGCUGUCAAGUUCGAUGGUGAACCCUUCUGAGAACGGCAAACAAAAGACACGUGAAAAAUCACUUAUAUUGUCCCAUCUCCCCCAAACUGUGUAUUUAUCUCAGUUACUGACACAAUAGGAGGAGGAAAUACUACAAAACGUUUGGAAGUUGGAGAUUCGAGGGUGUAAUUUCAGAGCUGCGGUACAGAGGUCCUUACGAGGAUGCAGUAACAUCUUCAGAGUGGGCUUCUCUAGUGCUCAGUCAUAUGCUUCUCUCUCUCUCUCUCAUUUAAGCCCUUCCAUGUAGGACCUAAUGGCAGAACUGUCUGAUGGAAACAGCAAAUAUUGUAACAUAAUGAAAGCUGCAAACUAGCCAGAAAGUGAGAUUUGUUUACAUAAAGCUAUCUACUCUGUAAUGACUGCGUUGAGCGUUAUACUAAUCCUGAACAAACUGGCCAGACACAAGUGAAGACACAAGUACGUCAGGAACAGAGUGACGUCCGAGGAACAGAGACGAAUAACAAGAUACAGUGUUACAGUAGAAAAAGUGAUGGUCCGAGAGGGACAGAAGACAGAUACAGCGUCAUAGCAAGUGGACCAAGGAAGCCCAGGAAUACAGACAGGAAGUAGCAGGACCCAGAGCAACGACAAGAGGGAGUUGACCAAAUUAGCACAUCGGUACUUGACCACAGAGAGACUGCGGACUAACUUUAUAAAAGUUUAGCGUCUAGAUCCGCGUUUCAGGCUGCGAGCACUUGCCACAACAGACUCAUCAGUGACCAUAGACUGAUGUAACAUUGUGUCUACAGUGAAAAGGGACCCCAAGCAGAAGACAGAUAAAAUACAGUCAGAAGAGAGCAUCUCAGUGUGAAGCACUUGCAUGGGCAAUUCUUUCCUCAUUCCCUUCAUUCCCACUUUUCAAAGGAGAUCAAGACUCACUGUGACUGCAUAAAUCCUCUUUUUCUUUACUUUAUGCUAAAUAAUAGGGCUUGAUGGGAACGCUGGAUCCCAGUCACCAACAGUCCGGUAUCUUAGAGUUCUGUUUGCACCACAGGUUCCUUAUGUAUCGAUAAACACAGCAUAUACAGUAUAUCUAUAUACAGUGAAUAUAUAUAUAUAUAUAU